AUGUCCAAAUCUCGCGUUACGCCUGCUCCAUCUCAACCAUCGAUCCUAACCGAGAGUAAAUCACCAGAGCCAUUCCUCGAACCUGAGAUGAUGACACCAAUAUCACCAUCAUCUGGAAACCAACUUGAUAAUGCGGGUACCGCAUCAGCAGCUGUUACGGCUCAAUCCGCUAGACAGCCAAAGAGGUCUUACACCAUUUAUGGAACCCAAGGGGCUUCAACUUCGAGUGUUGAGUUGAGUGGCACAUCAAAUACGUAUUAUCCGAUUGGACAGCAGCAUCAUUUUAUGAGUUCUGAGCACGAACCAUGGGAAUGA